AUAGUAAGAAAUCUUUUUCCUCAGCUUGGUUUUGAUAGCAUGGUACAUUGUUCAUUCCUUUCGGAUUAGAAGAAAUGAGAAGAUUGCAUGCUAUGUCAUUGUCAAAGGUGACAAGGCGAUGAAACUUUUGGAGAGUGGUUUGAAGGUGAAGGAAUAUGAACUUCUCAGAAGGAACUUCAGUGAUAUUGGUUGCUUAGGCUUUGACAUUUAGGAGCAUAUCGAUUUGGGAAUCAUUAACAUUUAGCCGAUUGGAGCCAGAGGGAAGGUUGGUUAUGGGAUUUAGAAAGCUUCAAGUGUCAUGCCAUCUGAUCAGGUUAACUCAGCACCUUGGUGAAUUUGUUGUGACGUUUCCAAGAGCUUAUCAUGUAGGAUUCAACCACGGUUUUAACUGUGGGGAAGCUGCUAACUUUGGAACUCCACAAUGGUUUAGAGUAACUAAGGAAGCUGUAGUGCGUAGAGCUACAAUGAACUAUCUUCCUACUUUCCCAUCAACUACUCUGGAUGUGCAAAGGUUGAAAAGUUAUAACCUCUAGAGUUAUUAUGAUGCUGGUAUCUAAAUCCAAAUCUUGUAAAUUCAUGGAUCUAAAUAGAAUAUUAAUACUACUGAGAAAAUCAAUUGUAUUGUAGAUAUGUUACAACUUGCUAGACACCUUAUUA